AACGAAAAAAUUGUCAACAUGGCUGUGUCUGCAGCUCUGAAUAUGAGACCAAUUUUCGCCGGUUAUCCAUUUCAAGGUCAGGGCCGAGUAAAUCAAUUAGGAGGAGUUUUCAUCAACGGUAGGCCGUUGCCUAAUCAUAUUCGUUUGAAAAUUGUAGAAAUGGCAGCAGCUGGCGUUCGUCCGUGCGUCAUCAGCCGUCAGCUCAGAGUGUCACAUGGAUGUGUGUCGAAAAUUCUAAACAGAUAUCAAGAAACAGGAAGCAUUCGACCUGGUGUAAUAGGUGGAAGUAAACCCAGAGUGGCUACUCCGGAAGUCGAGAAGAAAAUUGAGGAAUACAAAAGUGAUAAUCCAGGAAUUUUCUCUUGGGAAAUCAGAGACAGACUUAUAAAAGAUGGCAUAUGUGACAAGAGUUCGGCGCCCAGUGUGAGCUCCAUCAGUCGAGUUCUUCGGGGUUCUCGUCACGGUUCUCGUUCUACCGAUUCUGGCAGUGACUCCUGCGACGGCAGUAAAAAAGCGGAUCAUAGCAUCGAUGGUAUUCUAGGAGGACGUAUAGCCAAUGAUGAUUCCGACUGCGAUUCUGAACCAGGAAUUCCUUUAAAAAGAAAACAGCGUCGUUCCCGCACUACGUUUAGUGCGGAGCAACUGGAUGAAUUGGAAAGAGCUUUUGAAAGAACACAAUAUCCCGAUGUCUAUACUCGGGAAGAGCUAGCCCAAAGGACAAGAUUAACUGAAGCUCGAGUUCAGGUAUGGUUUAGCAAUAGGAGAGCACGCUGGAGAAAGCAAGUUGGAGGCCAGCAAAUGUCAGCAGCAUUUUCAGCAGCUCCAACGAUACCCUUAGGAGUGGCAUAUCCCCCACCUAAUCCUCACUGCUACGAAACAACAACAAAUCCCCUCCAGCAUCACGAAAGUGGCACCUGGCACAGGCCACAAACUUUAACAUCCGCUCCAUCUGCACCAAGUUUUCAAGCAUCUUUCGGACAGAAUCACUCAUCACAUGCCUCAUAUCCAUCUUUAUCAGCCCCCGAGUCCUGUGUGAAUUCAGGACCUUUAGCUCAACAGAUGUUCUCCAUUUUGGGAAAUAACACUGUAUCUGGAGCUUCAACAAAUUCCUCAGCAGCAGAAUUUCCGCAUCCGCAUAUCUCAACAAGUGAUAUGUCUUUUUACAAUAGUACACUACCUCCUCGUACAGGUGGAAUGUCAGAAGCUACGACUGCACAUUGCAAUCAUGCAAGCUUCCCCACCACGGCAGAUAACUUCGGAAUGCUUAGCAACAGUGAAUCAUUUAUGAGCACAACAUUCAACAACUUGCAGUCUCAUACAUUUAUGCCUUUAGACAUGAAAAGCACCUUCUCGUAUGGCAGUCAGUUUCCAACAGUGAAUUCUAAUACCGUCUGCAAAGAAUUUGACACAUCCUGCAAUGUUCUUGCAAAUUUAAGACAAAAGUCAAGAGAGCACACGGCUGCGUUAGGACUUUUCUAACAUUUAUUUCAUAGAAUGUAUUUUUAUUUAUGCUGUUUUAAUAUCAUUCGUGUAUUAUUUUUGGCUAAGAU